CUAAUCGCCAGUGCCCGAGCGCGACCUCGCUUUGUUCACACUCCACAAGUGAGCGCGAUCACUGUUUAUCCGCGUACUCUGUAUACAUUAACGAUCGAUUUACUUUCUUUAAUAAAUAUCCUCAUUGGUCUCAUAGGUAAUCCAGACACCUAUGGGAUAUUUUUAUAAAAAAUGGGAUCAAGUGACUUAUAAAUUUUUACGAUAAAAUGCUGAAAUGAGGUUAAUACGUUCUAGUUUCUAGAUUCGAAGCUUGUUACCCCGAUUUGAAUCACCACGACGACGGGUGAUGAACAACGACGUGGAGGUAGAGGCUCGCCCUCGUCCCUUAUCUACGGGCUUAUGGACGUUGUUCUCCUGGCUGCGUCGUGACGAUCGAUCUGCUUCCAGCGAGAGCCUCUCUAGCGCUGGAUCUGACAGAACGGUAGCAAGCUUUGCGUUCCUGACACCAGCGCGGUAUCAACCAGCAAAAGGACCCCUCGUAGUACCGCCGCCCGGGCCUCCCACAGAUUCAUAUAAAAAAAGAGUGCACGAUAGAAACAUUCGACGUCACUACGACCGUGAUAUAACACUACAUCGCAAAUACGGGCUAUUUAAAAGUGAAGGAAGUUGCGGUUACGACGCUUUCAGCUUGCCACCAGCACGAAGAACGAACUCAGAGUCUGGUACUAGAUGGGACCGCGAGAGAAGGGCUACAAGUGAGUGCUACCAACGUCGGCUAGCACACGUUCCUGGGAAGAGACGGGCACCUUUGCCUCCUGGAACAACUGCUGGUCCUUCUGCAUCUUUACCACGCCGUCAUAGUAGAAAACGUCCUGCUCCGCAACCACCUGUAAGGGUGUUAGAAAAAAACAAAGAAAUUUUUAAAGAAGCACACGAUAACCUCGAUACUGUACAAAUGCAUUCUAACACUUAUCAAGAUAAAUCCAAAGCAAAGAAUAAUGAUGUUAUGAUGGGGUGCAAAUCCGAAAAAUAUAUUAAAAAAGAAGCAAGCAAUAAAGAUUCAAAAGUUAAAACUGAUAAAAGUUUCCUAAAACACAUUUUUGACGGUAAAAAGAGGAAUUCGUAUAUAGAUACGUCUGCUGUUAAAUUACUUCCAAGUAUUAGUGAGUUAGAUAAACAGGCAGCUGAAUUUAUUGAAACAUGUAAAUUAAAGGCCAAUGAACAAAAUAAUAACAGCACGUUUGGCGAGCUCAAUGCCCACAGCUCUAACAAAGGUGAUGCAUGGAUCUGUACACUUUGUUUCAAAAGGUAUAACUCUUCAAUCGUUACUUGUACCUAUUGCGUCUCCAAACAAAAAUCUCAACCUUCUGAAAUAGUAGCAGAUAACAAAACAACAGUAGCCAAGGCUUCGAACAGUUACACACAAACCGGAAAUGACUUAAUACCAGAUAGAAAAUAUGAUGCGGAGGAUAAACAAAAACUUAAAGAAAUGUUAAAAGAAAUGAAAGACUCUCUUCCUAAACGACCGAAACAUGACUUUAACAGUAAAACAGGAAACCAAAUUACUGCGGAGCCACAAAACUUGGGAAAAAAGUCGUUCUCAACAGAAACUCCUACUCUCAGAGUCGGAUCAACAAUUCACGAUGAAAUUAAAUCAAUUUCUAAGCCAUCUACGUCAAGUCAAGUCAAAUUAAAACCUACAUUAGAAUCAACACAUCCAUCAAAUAAUCCAGUUUCAGCUCAAGCUGCGUUAGUAGCACAAGUGAUAUCUGCGUAUAAAAAGAAUGUCAACGAUAAUGUGAAUUUGGCUGCUAAACUUACAACUAAAAAUGAUAUUCCUUUAAACGUUAAACAAUCUGAAAAAUUGCCCCAAAAUCAAGCACCCGAAAAGAAUAAUUUAAAUACACCAUUGAAAAUAUCUUCACUUUUAAACCCUAUGUACAUACCUAAGAAUUCUGUUGUUAAUAAACCAGAUGUAUCUAGUGAAGAACAAACAAACUUACAAAACGCAAAUAUAGUCGCUGAUAUAGUUAAAGAUACAAUCAAAUGUUCUCAAAACACAGCCAUUAUGACGACGUCGACAUCUGCACACGUUGGCCCUUCCACGUCACGAGCUACUCCAAUACCUGGAGAUAUCGAUAUUGAACACAAAAACAAGGAAAAAUCAAAAAAAGUGUCUGAUCCUUUAUUGAAAGCCCCAUCCCCGAACAUAUCAACAGAAGUUGCAAAAAUUCCGGAACCAGUAAAUACCGAAGAAAAUAAAAAUAAACCAACGUCAUUUGCCCUCCCAAAAGAUCAAAAUGCAAUUAAAACUGUGGAAGCACUAGAUCAGCAUUCGAGACGUAGAGAUUUAAUUAAUCAAUUAGAGAAAUCUAUUGCCCAAGGAGAUGAGCGUGCAGCAGCAGAGGCAGCUGCUAAAUUGGCACAAUUGCGUUUAUCAUGUUCAGUGCUGUCAUUUUCAUCACAAAUAUUAUCUCGACCUUCUACAUCAGCAAUCAAUAAUAAUGAAUUGAAAAAGAGUGCAGAUAAACCAAAAAUAGCAUUAGCGACUGCACCAUCCACUUCAUCCAACAAGGAUUCUGAUAAAAAUGACAAAAAGGAGUCACAAGGAUCGAAGAUAAACAAUGUCAAAGAGAUAUCUCCUCCAAAAGUUUCAAUUACUAACAACAUAACUACUGGCAAUAUGCAAUCAGACGCCGCGACUACGUCACCGGUUCCUAGAACAGUACCCACGAAAGCUUUACUUUUACCUCAAAAGAAUAGAGACGAGAAAGUGGUGCACAAGAAAGAAGAAGAGAUAAAUCCUGUUCCUAAUACACAUGAAGAUAAAAUAACAAUAGCAGUGUUGGUAGAAGACCGAGAAGCAACGAGAGGACCUGUGCAUCUUCGAGUAAGUCGACGAGCAUGCACACGAGACCUUCGCUACGAAGCCGAGAGAUUACUCGGGCUAGCACCAAAUCUGCAGCGUUGGAUUAUUGGUCGUGCUCUGUGUGUUAAUGAUGACACACCUAUAAUAUCGCUCGCGGGUCCUGAUUUCAGUGCUCCCUUUUAUUUGUGUGUAGUAGAAUCAGAAACUAAAUUGGAAUCAAACUCCCAACAAAACAAAGAUACCGCCACUGCUAAAACGAAUAACCAGCAAACAAAAUCAAGAGAUGUUUAUACGGAACUGAUGCAACUGGAACAACAAGCUGUAGUUCCUAACGCAGAAAAUUUCGAAUGUGGGAUUUGUAUGGAAGAGUAUCGUCCGGGUCAAGGAGUAGUGCUCCGUGAUUGCGUGCACAUUUUUUGCAAAGAUUGUUUGUCUGAUGUAGUACGCCAUUGCGAAGAACCAGAUGUUCCUUGUCCAGCUAUGGGUUGUCGAGGAAUGCUACAAGAACGAGAAAUCCGCGCCCUUGUAUCUACGGAGGACUACGAGCGCUGGCUAGCACGAGGUUUGGCUGCUGCAGAAAGUGGAACUCGUAACGCAUUUCAUUGUCGUACCCGAGAUUGUACAGGUUGGGCCUUAUGCGACCCAGGGGUUCAACGCUUUCCAUGCCCCGUGUGUAAAUGCAUAAAUUGUGUACCGUGUCAGGCUAUUCAUCCAGGCGAUACCUGCGAGCAGCAUCGCGCUAGACUUAAGCAGGCAGCAAGUGAGAAAGUCAAUGGCAAUACAGUUGAUGAUGGAACGCGAACACUCCUCAAUUCUCUUAUCAGCAAAGGAGAAGCUCUUGAAUGCCCCGAAUGCAGUGCUAUCAUUACAAAAAAAUGGGGCUGCGAUUGGGUGAAAUGCUCAGCGUGCAAAACGGAAAUAUGUUGGGUGACUCGAGGACGGCGCUGGGGACCGGGAGGCAAAGGUGACACCACUGGUGGUUGUCGCUGCGGCGUUGAUGGCAAAAGAUGCCAUCCGUCCUGCGGUUAUUGUCACUAAUUUGUAAUAAUGCAAUUCUGAGAUCGAUAUGUUACCAACUUCAUAAUAGUACUAGCGGCUCGCUCCGGCUUCGCACGGGUCCAAUGCUGACACUGGAUUUUUCUAUUAUUUAAUGGAUGUUAUUAUGUAUACAUGGUUGUUAUAUCUAGGUAUAAAACUACCUUUUUAAUCACUCUAUCGCAUCAAAAACAUAAGGAUACAGGGACAGAGAAAACGACUUUGUUUUAUAGGUACUAUGUUGUGAUACCUAAAUAGGAAAGUACCUAUAUGAGAAUGAUGGUGUGUUUGAAUGUUUUAAGUGCGCGUACGCUUUUCCCUUUUUGAACUUUCAAGUCCAAUUCUGAGAACUACUGCGCUAAUUUGAAUGACACUUGGUAGGUACUCAUAUGCAAUAUAUCAAGGUCUAAAACUGAAUUGCACAUUUUCGAAAUAUUGUUGUAUCUAGAAGUUAUACACUAUUUUAAUUUGCUCAUACUUCAUUUGCGACGGUGCAGACAUUGGAUCGAAUCGAUCUAUUCCCUACGAUAUAGUUACACGGGACUGGUCAGCCAUAAGCUCCCGAAUUUGUCCCUGAAUUAUUUUCUUUGCCUCUUUAGCAAUAUAUUUAUGUUACACUGUUCAAAUCGAAUAAUAGAACCAACUCACAGAGUUGGGAAACUCAAUAAAAGAUAACCAUGGAGUUUCUUGCUCGUUCUUCUCAUAGAAAAUCUAUACUUAGGUACUUUGGAACAAGCUUCAGUGGCACCUGAACGACAGAAAUCUCGAAAGUAGAACUUUAUAAAUACUUUCUAAGAAAAUUAUUUUUAACUUCAUAUAUUGAAUAGUUUUUUAAAUAUUAAAGAAAAAAAACUAUUUUUGGAAUUUAACCGUAUAUGCCAGCAUUUUUUUUUACUUUGGUUUAUCAUCAUCAUCAGCCUAUAUAAGUGCCCACUGCUUAGCAAAGUCCUCUUCUCAUACGGAGAAGUUUAGAGCAUUAGGUAAUCACCGCGCUUGCUCUAUGCGGGUUGGCGAUUUCGAACUCAUAAUAAAUUAGAAAUUAUAAGUCCAGGCUUCCUCACGAUGUUUACCUUCACCGUAUGUCAAUUGUGUAUAAACGAAAGUACAUAUAACUCGGAAAAAGUCACAUUGGUACUGAUUUGCCAGGUUUCGAACCCACACCCUCAUGCAUGAGAAGCGGGAUCCUUAACCUCCGGGCCACCACGACAUAUAGCUAUAACAACUACAACACCAACAACACGACAUAGGUAGGUAUAACUUUAUUUUUAUUCUGUACCUAUCUUUUUUCAAAUAAAUAUAAAUCGGUUUUCGAAAUCCAAAAUUAUCACCAAAAACUUAACAACGAACGUUACAUCACCAGUCUAGUUUGUAUAAAUUAGUAACCAAAGUUCCCAAGAGAUGGCGCUGUACCUACUUGUGCUACUUACGCUGAAUUGCAGUUUUAAGAUUUACAAUAACUCUUCGGUUCUACUUCUUGUAACAAACAGGAAACUAUGGAAGCCUACACGCUAGUCCGAUACGCUCUUGGGCUGUUUUUUUUUAUCUUUCUGAAGUGGAUUCCGUUCCACAUAUUAUGAUGGCUCUCCAAUUGCACGCCACUGCUCUCUCAGCUCUAUGUUCAGCCCUUACCAUCCAAACACUGCAAACCAUCCUACGGAUAUCUUCCACGUAGAUGGACGCCAUUCACUGCGUUACUACCUUACUACCUACUAAAGUUCAUUAGAAAAGGGUCUACUAAUUGAAAUAAAUUAUCUGUCCUGAUAAAACUUAAAAUUGAAUCUGUUUUUCUUAAUUUCACUCAAAAACGUGUCAAUGAAGUUUUCAAACCGUAGUAUACUUAUAGAGUAAUAGAACAUACCUGUAAUCAAUCAAUCAUAGUCUUCUUGAUAUUGUCAUAAAUAAUUUAUUAUGAUCACAGUAUCAUAUUAGUCUUUGUUGUUUUAGCUUUAUAUUUCAUGUGCAUUUGCAUUAGAUGUUAUUACUUGGUAUAUUUCUGUCAAAUAGGUUUGUUAAUUAAUCAAUCAAUCAAUACCUUAAAUAUGUAUAUUAAGUCGAUAUUAUUAAACUUAAAAAAAACUAUAUUUGACAUAUUUAUCUUCAAUGCCAACCCUGUUUUAUAACAUUGUACAAGGUUUAUUGUAAAAUAAAUACAGCAGACAAAAUCACAUUAUUAUUUUUCAUUCCUAGAUUUUUGUAUCUAUACUAUUACUAGCAUUUUCCCGCAACUUUACUUGCGUGGAAUAGUGACUUCCUGCAGAUUUUUGGUUAUACUUUAAAAGCUAUCCUAUACCUAGACUUCCAAACUAUAUAUGCACACAA